AUGGCUGAAGAUGAGGGCAUGCUGCCUCCUGGCCUUGCACCAGAGGGUGAGAACGACGACGACAUUGCUGACGGUGCUGCUGCUUUAUUUGGCAUCGAUCUUGUGGAUGGGGACGAUUCUGGUGCCCCUGUCCACAUCGAUCUGGAGGGCGACCGUAGCGGAGGAGUGGCAGGACCGACAGCAACGGUAGACUCUGCUCCUUCUGUUGCUGGUAAACCUAAAGGUUCUGGUAAGCGCAAAUCUCCUGUCUGGGCUGAUUUUGAUGAGAUACAAGAGGAGAUAGAUGGUAAACCUACUGUUGUUAAGGCUGUUUGUAAGAUGUGCAAAACUAUUUUGUCUGCAAGAUCAGCCGCUGGCACUGGUCAUUUAAUAAGGCAUCAAAAAUCAUGUAAAAUGAAAACUGACCAACGUGCUAGGGUUCAGUCUAGGCUUUCAUACAAUCCUGAUGGCUCUAUUUAUAACUGGGAUUACAAACCUGAAGUUGCUAGAAUUGAAACUGCUAGGCUGAUUGCUAGACUUGAUCUUCCUUUAUGUAUUGUUGAGUCUGAUGCUUUUGAAGAAUACAUUGUUAAAGCUCAUAACCCUAGGUUUGUAAAGGUCUCAAGGCAGACCACUACUAGAGAUCUUGCUAAGUUGUUUAAUGAACGUCGUAAUGCAAUUAGAAACAAUAUCUUGUCUGGUGCCUCUUCUAUUUCAUUGACUUCAGACAUUUGGUCUGGCAAUGCAAAAGAAGACUACAUUAGUGUAGUUGCUCAUUAUGUCAAUUCUGAUUGGGAGUUGUGUAAGAAGGUAAUUGGUCUUAGAUUGGUUGAGUCAAGGCACACUGGUGAAUACAUUGCUGAAAAAGUUGCUUGUGUGAUUCAAGAAUUUGGUUUGCUUGAUAAGAUUAUGGCUAUUACUCUUGAUAAUGCUUCUUCUAAUACUAAAGCCAUGGAAACCUUAAAUCCUAUGUUUGCUGGUUAUCUUGGUUCUGAACCUGCACCAACUGGUAAAGAUCCUAAUGCUAGGAAGUACCAUCUUAUACAUCAACGUUGUGCAUGCCAUAUUAUUAAUCUCAUAGUUAAAUCUGGCUUAAAAAGAAUCAAAUCCUACCUUGAGGACUUUAGAACUGCUAUUAUUUUCUUGAACUCUUCUAAUACUAGAAUUGCAUCUUUUAAAAGGUACUGCCAAGGUGAAGGUCUUAGACCUAGGAAAUUUGGUGUAGACAUGGAUGUUAGAUGGAAUGCUACAUACUUGAUGCUUCAACACUUGAUGCCAUAUAAAGAGCCAUUUACUGCUUUCAUUAAUACAAAUUAUGGUAAAACAUUGUUAACUACAAAACACUGGAAGGUAGCUGCAAAAAUACUUGAGUUUCUUGAGAUUUUUUAUGAUGCAACUGUUUCUUUGUCUGGUGUUUAUUACCCAACUAGCCCACUAGUGAUGCACAAUCUUAUAGAAAUUAUCUCUCACAUGGAUGAAUCUGAAAAAGAUACUGAUAUGUUCCCUAUUGUCUACCCUAUGAAACUUAAGUAUCUAAAAUAUUGGAAAGACAUACCUUUGCUAUAUUCAUUUGCAUUUGUUCUUGAUCCUAGAGCUAAAAUGAGAGGCAUGUUUAAUGUUCUUCAAAUAAUGCAAGAAAAAACAGGUAAUGAUUACACUGCUUACUAUGCUAAAGUUAGAACUGAGCUGUUUAAACUGUUUAACAAAUAUGAUGAGAAGUAUGGGUCUUCAAGGACUCAAAGGAGGUUCACUCAGCCUGGGCCAACCACUGGUAAGAAAAAGAAUCCCUGGGAGGAUGUUUUUGGAGGCCCUGGAGCCUCUGGUGUUGUUGGACCUGCUCCUUCCUCUGUCCCAACUUCUUCUGCUGCACCCUGUGUAUGUGAGCUAUCUGCAUAUCUGGACUGUGACAAUGUCACUGCAUAUGUGCAAGACUUUGACUUGCUUCUCUGGUGGAAAGACCACAAGCUUACAUUUCCAGUUCUGUCUAUCAUGGCAAAAGAUAUUUUCUCUAUUCCUGUCUCAACUGUGUCUUCAGAAUCUUGUUUUAGCUUAUCAGGCAGGAUCAUCGAGGAGCGGCGCCGACGACUACUACCUGAACAUGUGGAGAUGCUUGCUUGCAUCAAAGACUGGGAGCUCGGUGAUAGAAGGCUUCAACACUCUGCUGGCAGCCAAGAUCUUGCAGAUUCCUUUGAGAAUUUAUACCUUGAUGUUCCUGAAGAUCAAGGUGGAUCUGGUAAUGCUAGCACAUCUGCUGCAACUCCUAGUGGUUCUGUGUCUGUGGCUUCUGCUCCUGGUCCUAGUGUUGCUGGUUCUUGA